CCGCAACUUAUAGCGCCCGUUUACAGUGGCGUCCCGCCCUGUAGGCAAUCACGUGGCGCUAAGCUUGGGACGACGGACAGCCAGCCCGAUCUGCAGCAGGACGCUUAAGUGACGUAUUUCCCACCCCCUCUCCUUUCCCACAGCGUUAUCACCUUGCGUAACGCCAGGCAAUUGCAGCAACAUUUCAUCUCAUUUGUACUUCGUGUUUCCAUUCUAGCUUUUUUGCAUUUCUAGGCGGAAUUGCAUUUUGCUUGCCGUUGACUGACGCACAACGUGGAGAGGACCUGUGUAUUGCUGCGGCUCUCAGCAUCAUCUCGACCUGUUGUGCUUCCAUGUUGACCGAUCUGCGUGCGGCGUGAGAGACAAGAUACACUGUGUUCUUUCUUCACCUACACAGAUAUAACAUAGGGUUCCACUCUACUUCUAAACAAUGGCAUCGACAGCCUCGGAAAAUGGCAGCGCUUUGCGAGAACGCAAAGUGACAAAGGAAGAUUCCCUGCUAAGCGCCGGCGACAGCCCAACCCGCAGCGGUGCAACCAGUGGUAUAUCGACACCCGUGCCCGAGAAUGCUCCGCCCUCGACCAAGUCGCUGUCGUCGGCGCGAAAGCUCGCCCGCGCAGAGCAGAAGCGGCGCAUCUUCCCGACGGUCGAAUUCGCUUCGCGCGUGUCGCAUCUCGAUCCCGAAUCGGACUACCGCGACUUCCACGGCUUCUUUAAUCUCUUCUGGAUCGGUCUCGCCAUCAUGGGCAUCACCACGAUCCUGCGCAACAUGAAGGACACCGGGUACCCCAUGUCCUUCCAGAUAUCGACCCUCUUCACCGUCAAGCUGUGGCAUCUUGCCAUUGCUGACUUUCUCAUGGUUGCCGGUAGUGCUGUCUCGCUGCCCUUGCACCAGUGGAUUCGCAGCAGGCCGGCUGAGUCGACGUGGACCUGGAAGCGCGGUGGCAUGGCCAUCCAGAGCAUCUACCAGGUCGGGUGGCUCUCCGUCUGGAUUGUCGUGCCCUUUGUGUUUGAAUGGACAUGGACGUCGCAGGUGUUUCUGCUGCUACACACCAUGGUCCUGCUGAUGAAGAUGCACUCGUAUGCCUUUUAUAACGGCCACUUAUCCGAGACAGAGAAGCGCCUGCGCCGUCUUGAUAACCCUGCUGCCACUGACGACGACGACCGCAAGCCCGCGUACCAGUAUCCUGCUGUCGACAACACCCCGAAGCGUCGCCGUGGAUCUCGUGUCGUUGCUCGUGUGCCCUCGGACCAUGACGUUUCCACAACUGCUGUAGACGCUGAGGAUGACAGUCAGGAUCAGGUCGAGUCUCUUCGUGAAGCUCUGGCCCGCGAGCUCACAUCCCCCAUUGGCAACAUCACGUACCCGCGGAACCUGACAUGGGCAAACUACAUCGACUUUCUGCUGUGCCCCACGCUCUGCUAUGAGAUUGAGUAUCCUCGCACGCCAUCCAUCAACUGGACAUCGCUCGUGUCCAAGAUUAUCGCCGUUUUUGGCUGCAUCUUCCUCCUCAUCAUCACCUCGGAGGAGUUUAUCCUGCCCGUGCUGCAAGAUGCGCAUCUGCGCCUUGAGAUUGCCGCCGCAGCUCCUACGCCAUCCAUUUACGAGCCGCUGCUCAUCCUGGCCGAGACCAUCUCAUGGCUCCUCUUCCCCUUCAUGCUGACCUUCCUGCUUGUCUUUCUUGUCAUCUUUGAGUAUGUGCUCGGCGCCAUGGCCGAAAUCACCCGCUUUGCAGAUCGCCACUUCUACUCGGACUGGUGGAACUCGACCGACUGGAUGGAGUUUUCGCGCGAGUGGAAUAUCCCCGUGUACAGCUUCCUUCGGCGCCACGUCUACUCGGCAUCGCGUCCACACACGGGCCGCAUGCUCGCCACCGUCAUUACGUUUCUCAUCUCGGCUGUUGGCCACGAGAUUGUCAUGGCCUGCAUCUCCAAGAAGAUUCGUGGCUACGGUUUCGUCUGCCAGAUGCUCCAGCUGCCCAUUGUCAUGCUCCAGCGUACAAAGUGGGUAAGGGGCCAUGAGACACUGAAUAACGUAUGUUUCUGGAUCUCCAUGAUUCUCGGACUAUCGUUGAUUUGCGCGCUCUAUGUACUUGUAUAAACGGGGGUCUUGGUCGGUGAUGGUGUGGUGGCAACACUACAUUCGAAGGGAGCAGUGUUUUGAAAUGGAAAGGGAAAAAAUACCCAAAAUGUUUGUAUCAAUUUGCAUAGUCAUGUCACAUAUAGCAGUACGUUGCUGGUUACAGCGUCGCGUAGUGUGGAAUUUUAUAACAGUUCUUUAUCUAAGGCUAGCGAUUUAAGUCGGUGCAAUCACAGGGUAGAGUGAACAGAAGAGUAACUUGAAUAUUUUUUUCAUUGA